CUGGUGUGGGAUGACGUCAAAUUCAAGAUGGAUGGAAUCACAGCGGCAGCGGCGGCUGCGGCGCGCGCGAGCCGAGUGUGAGCGGAAAGGGGCCCGGCGUCUGCCUCGCGGCUGAAGACCGAUAAGCCCAAGCAAUGGACGGAUUACUGCAUUACAUCAACCCGGCACACGCCAUUUCUCUCCUGAGUGCCCUCAACGAGGAGCGCCUCAAAGGACAGCUGUGUGACGUGCUCCUGAUCGUUGGAGACCAGAAAUUUCGAGCUCAUAAAAAUGUCUUGGCUGCCAGCAGUGAAUACUUUCAGAGUUUAUUCACAAACAGGGAGAAUGAGUCACAAACUGUAUUUCAGCUUGACUUUUGUGAACCAGAUGCUUUUGAUAAUGUUUUGAACUACAUUUAUUCUUCAUCUUUAUUUGUCGAGAAAAGCAGCCUUGCUGCUGUGCAAGAACUAGGCUACAGCCUUGGGAUUUCCUUUCUCACUAACAUCGUUUCUAAAACACCUCAAGCCCCCUUUCCAACAUGUCCCAACAGAAAAAAAGUGUUCCUAGAAGAUGAUGAAAACAGUUCUCAAAAGAGAAGUGUCAUUGUUUGUCAAAGUAGAAACGAAGCACAAGGAAAAACUAUUGGUCAGAAUCCAUCUGAUCCAAGCCAUACCUCCUGGCCCGCACCUAACCUUGCCGUCAAGACCAACACCAGUAAGCCACAUGUUCCCAAACCAGUUGAACCCCUUCACAAUUUGUCCUUAACAGAAAAGAGUUGGCCGAAAGAUAGUUCUGUGGGAUAUGCAAAGUCUCUUGAGCACUCUGGAUCUCUGGAUGAUCCUAAUAGAAGCAGUUUGGUGAAAAGGAACGCGGUGCUGCCUUCAAAGCCCCUGCAAGACAGAGAGGCGGUGGAUGACAAACCAGGGGUGAGUGGUCAGCUUCCCAGAGGAAAAGCCAUAGAGCUGGCUUUGAAAAGACCACGGCCACCUGUUUUGUCUCUUCAGAGCUCAUCAGAGACUCCCUAUCUAUUGAAAGAAAUGAACAAAGGAAGUGGUCCAGGUGAAGAUAGAAACUUGUUGUACUAUUCAAAGUUGGGGUUAGUGAUCCCCUCCAGUGGAUCUGGUUCUGGAAACCAAAGCAUCGACAGAAGCGGCCCUCUUGUUAAGAGUCUCCUCAGGCGGUCAUUGUCGAUGGACAGCCAGGUUCCUGUCUACUCACCCUCAAUAGAUUUGAAAUCUUCCCAGGGCUCAUCUUCAGUGUCAAGCGAUGCACCAGGGAAUGUGUUUUGUGCUUUAUCUCAAAAGUCAUCUUUAAAAGAUUGUAGUGAAAAAUCAGCCCUCGAUGACCGGACCCCAGUCCCACAGCCACACCGCCUCAGGUCCUUCAGUGCCUCUCAGUCGACAGAGAGGGAGGGUGCCCCGCCUGUCACCGAGGUUCGGAUCAAGACGGAGCCCCGCAGCCCGCUGUCAGAUCCCUCCGACAUCAUCCGAGUCACCGUGGGAGACGCCACGGCAGCAUCCUCCGUUACGAGAGACAUUUCUCUGAAAACAGAAGACGACCAAAAAGACAUGAGCAGGCUCCCAGCAAAAAGGAGGUUCCAGGCAGACCGAAGACUGCCGUUUAAGAAGCUCAAAGUGGAUGAGCACGGGUCUCCCGUAUCAGAAGACAAUUGUGAGGAGGGCUCAAGCCCCACUCUCCUCAAUGCAGAUUUUCCAGAUUCUGACUUGAAUAAAGAUGAAUUUGGUGAGUUGGAGGGAACAAGACCAAACAAAAAAUUUAAAUGCAAACAUUGCCUUAAGAUCUUUAGAUCAACAGCAGGUCUUCACCGUCACAUUAACAUGUACCAUAACCCAGAAAAGCCCUAUGCUUGUGACAUCUGUCACAAGCGGUUUCACACCAACUUCAAAGUGUGGACACACUGUCAGACCCAGCACGGCAUAGUGAAGAACCCGUCACCAGCCUCUAGUUCACAUGCCGUUUUGGAUGAAAAGUUCCAAAGAAAGCUGAUUGACAUAGUGAGAGAGAGAGAGAUUAAGAAAGCCCUGAUCAUUAAGUUAAGGCGCAGCAAGCCUGGCUUUCAGGGACAGAGUAGUUCCCCAGCACAAGCCAUCAAGCGGAACCUGAGGUCGCGAGCCAAAGGAGCGUACAUUUGUACUUACUGUGGAAAAGCCUAUCGUUUUCUCUCGCAGUUCAAACAGCACAUAAAAAUGCACCCGGGAGAAAAACCCAUUGGAGUCAAUAAAGUUGCUAAGCCAAAAGAGCACGUUCCUCUUGCAAGUCCAGUAGAAAACAAGGAGGUUUACCAGUGCCGCCUCUGUAACGCUGAGCUCUCUUCUCUUCUAGAACAAGGCAACCACGAGCGAUUAUGCCGCAACGCCACCGUUUGCCCUUACUGCAGCCUUAGGUUUUUCUCGCCCGAGCUGAAGCACGAGCACGAGAGCAAGUGUGAGUACAAGAAGCUGACGUGCCUGGAGUGCAUGCGCACCUUCAAGUCCUCCUUCAGCAUCUGGCGGCACCAAGUCGAAGUCCACAAUCAGAACACCAUGGCACCGGCCGAAAACUUCUCUUUACCCAUCCUGGACCACAAUGGUGAAGUCACUGGUUCUUCCAGGCCCCAGGCCCAGCCCGAGCCUCACAAAACAAACCACAUGGUCACGGCAAAAGACGACAAUGUCUUCAGUGAUUGUUCCGAGCAAGUGAACUUUGAUUCGGAAGAUUCCUCCUGUCUCCCUGAAGACCUUAGCCUUUCGAAGCAACUGAAAAUCCAGGUCAAAGAGGAGCCCGUAGAGGAGGCUGAGGAAGAGGCACCUGAGGCCAGCGCAGCCCGCAAAGAAGCAGGUUCCAGCAAGGACCCCGGCCUGUGGCCCUGUGAGAAAUGUGGCAAGACGUUCACAGCGCACAAGCAGCUGGAGCGGCACCAGGAGCUUCUGUGUUCCGUGAAACCCUUUAUCUGUCACGUUUGCAACAAAGCUUUCCGCACCAAUUUCCGGCUGUGGAGUCACUUCCAGUCCCACACACAUAUGUCUCAGGCCUCAGAGGACUCGGCGCAUAAAGAAUCGGAAGUGUGCCCUGUUCCCACAAACUCGCCGUCGCCGCCACCUCUGCCCCCGCCACCACCGCUGCCCAAGAUCCAGCCCCUGGAGCCUGACAGUCCCACGGGCCUGUCAGAGAGCCCGGCCCCCGCCUCGGAGAAGCUGUUCGCACCCCAGGAAUCAGACACGCUGUUUUACCAUGCCCCACCCCUGUCAGCCAUCACCUUUAAAAGACAGUUCAUGUGUAAGCUCUGCCACAGGACCUUCAAGACUGCCUUCAGUCUUUGGAGUCACGAACAAACCCACAAUUAAGACCGCCCCUUUUCACCUGUUAUGAAAGGGGAGACGGCCUCCAGAUUUCAACCUGAAUUGUGAAAUGUGUCAUAAGA